AUGUCAUCUCUAAGAAAUUGUGUAGCAAGGGCAAUAGCUCUUGAUGAAAGUGGUGAUUAUGAAAAAGCCAUCCAAACAUAUAUUGAAUGUAUUGAUAUUAUUAUGAAUGAGAUGAAAAAAGAGAAUAAUAGUAAGAAAAAAGAGGAAAUGAGAUUGAAAAUUGAAAGAUUUAUUAAAAGAGCAGAAUAUUUAAAGUUAGAGAUAAAAAAAAAUACUAUAUCAGAUGAUAUGUUUCCUUCAGUCCCAACAGAUGAUUUAACAAUUUCAAAAUUAGAUCCUUCUGAGAAUAUUAAUGAAAUGAUAAAACGUCCAUCAUCAAAUGAUUUAUUAUCAAAAGAUGAAAAAAAAGUUCUUAUGGAAACAUCAUUGAUAAAUGGAAUAAAAUAUGUUCCUUUUAUGGACAUCGAUUUAAAAGAGAAAUUUUUUGGUAAUGGAAAGUUUAAAGAUCCAGAUGGUUUAUUAAAAUUAUCAGGGAAACAAAAAGAACAAUUAAAAUGUUGGAAAAGAAUUGAUGAAAUCUCAUCGAAACCAGUAAUUAUUGAUAAAAUUGAUUGUAAAUCUGUAAAACAAACAGUUGUAUCUGACUGUAGUUUUGUUGCUUCUUUAAGUAUUACCUCAGAAUAUGAAAAUAAAUUUAAAAAACAAUUAAUAUCUAAAAUUUUAUAUCCACAAAAAAAUGGAUAUCCUGUUUAUAAUCCUUUUGGAAAAUAUAUGGUUCAAUUGUAUGUAAAUGGUAUUAAACGAAAAGUUAUUAUCGAUGAUUUGUUACCUGUUGGUGAAAAUGGAAAAAUUCUUUGCUCAUUGUCAAAAAAUCCAAAUGAAUUUUGGAUAUCAUUAAUUGAAAAAGCUUACAUGAAAGUUAUGGGUGGUUAUAAUUUUCCAGGAUCAUCUUCAAAUAUCGAUAUGUAUGCAUUAACUGGUUGGAUUCCUGAAAGAAGUCCUUUAAAAAGUGCUGAUCCUGACAAUCAUAUUGAUAAUGAUUUAAUUUUUAAUAAACUUCUUAGUAGAUAUCAUCAAGGUCAUUGUCUAAUUACCGUAUCAACGGGUCAAUUAUCAAAAGAAGAACAGGACAGGACGGGUUUAGUUGAACUUCAUGCAUAUGCAGUUUUAGAUUUAAGAGAUAUUGAUGGAUUGAAAUUAUUAAAAUUAAAAAAUCCUUGGACACAUUUUGAAUGGAAAGGAAAUUAUUCAGAUACCGAUACUUUAAAUUGGACUCCAAAAUUAAUGAAACUAUUGAACUAUGAUCCAAAAUAUACUCAAAAUAAUGAUGAUGGUAUUUUUUGGAUUGAUUAUAAAUCAUUAAUACAUUUUUUUGAUGUAUUUUAUAUAAAUUGGGAUCCAAAAAUUUUUCCAUUUAGUGAAGUAGUUCACGAUUCAUGGGAUGCUGGAUCUGGACCUGUUAAAGAUUUGUAUUCUGUUAGUCAAAAUCCUCAAUAUACAUUAGAUGUCUAUCCAGACCAUGAAACAACAUCAGUUUGGAUUCUUUUAUCACGUCAUAUUACAGAAAUCAGUGAUUUUGAAAAUAAUAAAGAAUACAUUACUGUUAUUGUUUAUGAAAGUGGAAAUAAAAUUUAUUUACCUUUUGAUAUUAAACCAAUUCAUAAUGGUUCAAGAAUUAAUUCUCCACAUUAUUUAGGUCAAUUAUUAAUCAAAGGAAAAGGUAUUAAAAAAUAUACACUUGUUGUGGCACAAUAUGAAAAAUCAAAAACAAUAUUAUAUUCAUUGAGAGUUUUUUCAACAGCUAAAAUAAAACUUAAGAAGAUCAUAACUCAACAUAAAUUUACCGAAAAAUUGAGUGGCAUAUGGAGUGAUAAUGAAUCAGAGAACAAGUCAAUGUUUAUGAUUGUUUUAGAUGAUUCAUCCGAUAAAAAUGAUUUGGUUUUUGAAAUUAAAGCUCCUAAACAAUAUCAUGUUUGUCUAUAUUUAUAUUUAGUUUCACUUAAACGACCAACUCAUAAUUCAUUUGAAACUAAAUCUUGUGAUAAAUAUAGAAACGGAUAUAAUGUUUUAGAAUUAAAAGAUGUGCCAUCAGGAACAUUUAAAAUUGAGGUUAAGACACAUAUUGAAAAGCAAUAUGGACCAUUUUUUUUAUCAAUACAAUCAUCUUGCAGAUUUAAAGUUAAACCAGCUUGA